AUGCAGCCACAUUUACCAAUGAUGUCAAAUCCACGCAUGUCAGUGACAACUGCAGGCGCACCGAUGAAUGUUGUUGCCCCACCUUCUUCGCUUCCUCGUCAAUCAUCACCUUACAUGCGUCCACCAAUGUACGAGAAAAAUAAACGUAGUACAUAUUCGAAUGACUUACGUAACAAUAGCACAGGUCCAACUGGGCCAUCAGGGGCGACGACGGCACAAAUAUUACAACAAUCAGCACCGACUACAUCAUCAAUGUAUGGUGUACAACAACCUCAACUUCAGCAACCACCGUUACCCAUGUCGCAAGGUCCAAUUAGACAGAAAAAACGAAAACGUUUGACUGAAAAAGUCAUUCAUAAACAAAUACGAUCAUUAGUUCCUGAAUCACAAGCCUAUAUUGAAUUGUUACGUCUUGAACAAAAACUCGAUACAACUUUAAUGCGUAAACGUCUUGAUCUACAAGAAACACUUAAACGACCACAAAAGACAAAAAAAAAAUUACGUAUAUUUAUUAGUCAUCAGUAUCCGGUGCGUUUUGAUCCAGAGAGUAAUCUCGACGAAGACAAUAUGGUUCAAUACUGGGAAAUGCGAGUAGAGGGCCGUUUAUUAGAUGAUGUAAAUCGCGAUUUUGUUCUUUUUUAUAUCGCAUUGGCGUCGAAAUAUGAUCUAGGAAAAACAAAACGAAAAUUCUCUUCAUUUUUUCGAAGUCUUGUGAUUGAGCUUGAUAAAGACUUGUAUGGUCCAGAUAAUCAUUUAGUUGAAUGGCAUCGUACUAAUGCAACAUCAGAAACAGAUGGUUUUCAAGUUCGUCGUCCAGGCGACCAAAAUGUAAAAUGUACAAUUUUAAUGUUACUUGAUCAUCAGUAUCGAUUAGAAAAUCGUUUAGCACGUUUACUUAGUUUAAGCACUGGUACAAGACAAACAAUUAUCCAUGCCAUGUGGCAAUAUAUCAAAACACAUAAACUACAAGAUUCAGAAGAACGAGAGUUUAUUAAUUGUGAUGCACAUCUACAAUCGAUAUUUGAUUGUUCAAAAAUGAGAUUUUCCGAUCUACCAGGCAGAUUGAAUAAAUUAAUUCUACCUCCGGAACCGAUUAUUAUAAAUCAUACAUUGUGUAUUGAUGGUACCGAUCCAAAAAAACAUGCUUGUUAUGAUAUCGAUGUUGAAAUUGAUGAUCCUAUUCGUGAUACAAUGCGAACUUUUUUAUCACCACAAAAUACUCAUGAGCUAGAAGACCUUGAUGGCAAAAUUCUACAAUAUAUUGAUAGUAUUAAUCAAUUGAAACAGAGUCGAGAAUUUUAUUUAUCAUUUGCUGAUGAUCCACAAGGUUUUAUUUGUAAAUGGUUAGCAUCACAAUCGCGAGAUUUAAGAAUAAUGACCGAUCAAAAUGGUAAUACAGAAGAAGAACGGCGUUCAGAAUAUUAUUAUGAACAAUGGUCAGUCGAAGCUGUUAGUCGAUAUUUUUACAAUAAAGUUCAACAAAAACGAGCUGAACUUGAACAGGCUCUGGCAACAAAUAUUCACCAUGGUUUAUCUAAUUCUCAAGUUGCAACAGUAUCACGUUUCAAAUUCAUACGUAAUAAUAUUAUAAAUGCUGUAACUGGUACAAAUAACAAAUCAAUUGAAAAAGACGAGAUGAACAAAACAGAAACGAUUCAAAAGACAACAAAAAAUGACGAUGAACAAUUUCAACGUUUAAAUAAAUCCAUUAUUAAAACACCACUGUUAAACACUCUCGCAAAUCUUACAGUAGAAAAAACAGAUAAAGUAGUAACAUCAACUCAGAAUCUUUCGCUUGUUCGACAAACAAUUCCAGCAUCAUCAAUUGUUAAAACUAUUGCUAAUAAAUACAAAUGGUUACGCGUACGGUCAUCCAAACGACGGCCAAUAAUAAAUAAUACGUUAGUACUUGAUCGCAGAGUAUUGAAUGGUCGAGUAUCCAAAACGAACCAGAUAAAAAACAUAUCGUUAUCGUCGCAUUUGGUGAGAAUUCGUGGUAUUGGUUUUAACACGGCGAAUAAUGGAAAAUCUUUACAAAGAUUACAAUCAGAUUCAAGUAAUCGAAGUUUAAUAGUGAAAAAGCCUGAUAAUACAUUGUUAAAAGCAAGAUUUUUGAAUGGUCGUUGUAAAAAUACAGAUUGUCUGUAUUCUCAUAUAGCCAUUCCAGGAAAAGUUCCAACGUGUACGUAUUUCAUCAAAGGUGCAUGUGGACAAGAUCAUUGUCCUUACGCACAUUCUUAUGUUGGUAACGAUGCAAAAAUAUGCGAUGAUUUUGUUCAAGGUUAUUGUAAAAAUGGAAUAGAAUUUGAAUCAACUGGUAGUUGUUCACAUGGAAAUUCAUGUCAUUUACUUCAUCGUCGUAAACAGAAAGACAAGCUUAAACGAAAAACAAAGAAGAUCGACAAUAAAAAAGCAGAAAAUAAUCAAAAACUAUUGUCACCACAAUGUGAAAUAUUGUCAUACAUACCAUUGGAUCAAGGUAUCGUUGAAUCAUCACCCAAAACACCAUUAUCAGUUCAAACAGUACCAUUAAGUGAACUCAAAUUACGACCAAGUUUUCUUUGA